AUCGCGCAUCCCUAGUCAGUAGUGUCAGUACAAUUGCAAAAUAUAUGAUUUUUAUAAAAAUUAACGUUUUUAAAUUUUUGUAACUUUUGUGAUAAGUCUUUCAAUAAUAUCUGCAAAAAUGGCGACAUAUUGUAACCAACAUUGGCUGCUUUCACACAUACGCAAUUCCUUUAUUUCAACGGACGAUACUGGAAUGUGUGAGACUGUCAUGUUAAGCGAUGAUAUGCCCAAACACUUUUUGCAAAAAUACCACACAACUGCUGUUGAAAAUAAUAUCUCCAAUCAAAAUAGGCAGCAGAAUAGGAAAUCUAUUGGAAAUAAACAACAGUUCCAACGCAUGCUAGAUCCAGCUCUACAAGAAGUAGAUUUUGUUUGCUAUCCGGGAUUAGACCAAAGUGAUGACGAAGAUAUGAAUUUAACCACACAGUCGUACGAAAUUAAAAUGUACCCAGAAAUCGGUGCGCAUCGGUUUCGUUCAAAUACUGCUCAAAAGUUAGAAAAAAUGGACAUAGCUCGUCGAAAAGCGGCCAAAACUAAAUCUGUAAACUACGAUGACGAAAUUGUUCCCCCAGAGCGUAUUGAUUUUUUCGUUAAAAAGUCUGUGUCUCAAGCUACCAUUCAGAAUGCAACCAAUGAAAAUAUUGGCAAAGGCACCGAUGUAACUGAUGACGCUCGAGGUGGUGAGAAGUGUGAACCAAAAAUUAAAAGCAAGUUAGCCCAGCAGUUGGCAAAUAGUCCCAAACAAGCUCAAAACAAAUUUAUGGAAUAUGCGUGCUUCGAUGGCACUUCCCAGACGGGUAUUCAAACAAAACGUAUCCAUGUUUUCUUAAGCAUGUUGCCGGAACGGGAGCGCAAUUAUCCUAUCAAAAUAUGUGUCCUGGCAAGUGCCAAAAUAAUUGAGGUAAUUGGUCUUGUCUGUUAUAAAGCAACAAUACAAUACCCUGAUAUCCCUUUAAAAUCAAUACGACAUUAUGCUCUGUACAUUACGGAAGAUAACGAUGACAUGGAGGACUUCCCUCCACUUGAUAAUAGAGAACCUUGCUCGAAGUUUGGAUUUUCGCAUCUUACAUUGGCCGAGCGACGACCAUUGGCUCAAGUAACUCGCAUUGAAUACUCUAAUAAUAUGGCAACUAAAUCAAUGACUUCUGAAGAAGAUAAAGCAAGACUGGCAGCCGCUGCCGUACAAUCGCUUCAAGGAAUCACACUUAAUGGCGUGGGAGAUGGUGAAGAAGAUGAUACAAAUUAUAUUACUGUGAGCAACAAUGAUGAUUAUGAAGAGCGUAUGAUGAGCCACAAUGAUAUGUUGGAAGCACCUAUGUACCGCACAUAUCGUCUAAAUAUAAUCGACAAACCUUUUUUUAAAACGGAGGUAACACUUGGAAUUUCUGGAGAGCGCAUCGAAAUUGAUCAACAUAAGAAUGCAAAAUUUUGGACUAAGCAAAAGUCGGUGACCUAUCCCAUUGAUGUCAUUGCAUCCUGUGAAAUAGUCGAACGACGUCAUUUGAAAGCCACUAUCCGCAUUUGGCUUAAGUCAUCAUCCUCAUCAUCUUCUGCUAAUAGUAGCAAAACUUCUGCAGAUAUGAAAACUGCGGCUCAUACUUCUGAAAGCGAAGUUACCGGUGGUGCGGUAGCGCCACAUUCCCCUACUAGCCCCGGUCAUUACUUGCACGUUCAUUCACCCUUCGGGCUCUUUUCAUCUAGUUCCGGCAGUGCUGGUAGCACCACAAGUCAUCAUUAUUCUCAUAUGCGAUUUAAACAUUACGACUUCGAAGCUGAUACACAUACCGCCGAACAUAUUCUUAACAAAUUGAAUUGCAUACUUAAAGUGAGGUCCAGUGAAGUGCGUCGUGAGUUUCUGCAGUCAAGGCAACGCAAGUUAGAAAAAAAUCAAGCUAAAAAACAUUUAAAAAUGUAGUAUCUACGCCUUUACUGGCACUGUUUUCGAUUGAUGUUGGACGCCUUUGCGAUCGAGAGCUGCAAGCAGUACUCAAUGUUUUCCUUAUUUAAAUCUGAAAACGCCCGUUUUGAGUAGUCAUGUCUCCUUGGCGUUUCUACACUUAAAAUUUACUUUGCAUUCAUGGUGUAAUAAAAUGUGCACCAUUCUUUGCAUAAUUCAAUUAGAUGAUUAGAAAAAAACUCACAGUUGGCAUUU